CGGCUGAUUGGGGAGCAGCACAAUAAGAUAUAAUAACUGUAGAAUUGGUGACAUCAACGACCUCAACCAUGACGACAACGGCCUCAACCAUGACGACAUCCGCGGUGCAGCUGGCGAUGGAGACAGCACCCAUGCAGGAUGCUGUCGCUGCUGCCGUGUUUGAAGAGGAGGGGGCCGCGCUGGAGAUGGUGCGGAUGUAUAGGCGACAGGUUGAGGACAUCUACGCCGUGCUUAUUCAACAUCAGCACAAUCUACCCGCGGACCUUCUGGGGGAAGGUGAGGAGCUGUUCAAUGGCUGGGAGGAGGAGCUCCGUGAAAAUCUUCCUAUUCAACGGUUGGGAGCCAUCGAGAGAGCACAGGUGAUGGUGGAAUUGGGGGGUUGUACCGAAGUGUUGGGGGAGGUGAAGGGAUUCCUCGUCGAAUUUCGGAAACGGCUAUGGGGCGCAGGGCCUGAGGAGGGGCGGGUGCUGCCUUCGUCGCCGGAUGCUUCGACCGAAGCAAAUGAUACUCCUAUCUCGACUACCUUCCCUAUCGAGGAAGUGGUGAUUGGCUGCGGGGAACCUGAGGAGGGGCAGGGGACCGACGGCGAACGGGAGGAGUGCCUGUUUGCGAGCAACGAGGAUUACAAUCGGUUAGAGGAGGGGGCUAUCGCCAAGUGUGAAAACCGUGACAACAACAACAACAACAACAACGAUGUCAGUGGCUUCAGCCUUCAGGAUAUCAAAGAUGGGCAUACGCUGGACAACAACAACAACAACAACAACAACAACAACAACAACAACAACAACAACAACAACAACAACAACAACAACAAUAAUGACAAUAACAACAACUACAAAAACGACAGUGUCUUCAACUUCGAGGAUAGCGAUGUUGGGAAUCUGAUGUAUGUGGCGCAGGGUUAUUCCGAUCUCACGCGCAGCAACGAAUACUAUUGCGAUGACCGUGUUGAUAUUGGUAAUAUAGCGGGUGACAACAGAGCUGACGAAGGACAGGGUGGUGGGCAGGCUCUCUCCCUCCUUUUUCGCCUUCCCUUCUCUUGUUGCUGCUCUGUAUUGUGGGGUCAGGAGCGACAGGGCUGGGCGAUUGGGAUGUGUGUAGAACAGGGGGACGGCACGGGACUGGGGGGGGAGCUUUGGUGGCGGGAAGGGGUAGGAUAGGUAAGGUUUUUACCCCCCGGUUAAAAUACGCCUAUGAAUUUUGAAAAUCGGGGGGAAAGUAGUUGAGGGCAAUAUGAUAUAAAUCUGUUAAUCAAUUCGCUUGUACGCC